AAAUUUUUAGAGAAUUUAACAAAAUUUUAGUUUCAAUAUAAUAAAAAGUAAUUUCUUAAAAAUUUGCUGAAAACCGAAUUGCAAAAUGAAUUAUUUAAAAAAUAUUUUAUCUACGAUUAAAGUUGCCAAUGCUUGCUUUAUACCAAAAAGAAAUAUGCUAAAAUGUUCAAUAAAUCAUAUAUUGAAUAAAAAAAUAAUGGACAGAUACCUUCGGCUUCCUAUGCCUUGCAAUAAGGUUCUCGCUACAUAUGUAUGGAUCGACGGUUCUGGAAUUCACUUGAGAAACAAGGAUCGAAUUUUAAGUUGCACUCCAUAUACUGCAGAAGCUGCACCAAACUGGGCAUUCGACGGAAGUUCAACUGGUCAAGCCAGUACGGAUAAUUCAGAUACGGUCCUCAAGCCUGCAGCUGUAUUUAGAGAUCCAUUCCGAAUGGAGCCACAUGUUUUAGUCUUGUGUGACGUAUACAGGGGCGACGGAAAGGCAGAUGCUUCAAAUCACAGAAAAUUUUGUAACGAUUUAUGUGAAUUUCACAGAGCGGAAGAACCUUGGUUUGGUUUAGAGCAGGAAUAUACCAUGUUGGAUGUUGAUGGAUGGGGUCUGGGUUGGCCUAAGGGUGGUGGUUUUCCCGCAGUAAAGUACGAGUUCUCUUACUGCGGAAUCGGCGCGAAAUAUGUCGCAGGACGAGAUAUAAUUGAAUGUCAUACGCGGUCAUGCCUGUACGCUGGUUGCGAUUUUGAAGGUACCAACGCCGAAGUCAUGCAUGCUUGUUGGGAAUUUCAGAUUGGAACUACAAUUGGCAUUAAGGCACCAGAUGACAUGUGGAUGGCACGAUAUUUGAUGACUCGAGUUGCUGAAGAUUAUGGCGUCGACAUUACUUUUCAUCCUAAACCAAUGGGCCCUAAACAUCCUGGUGUAGGUAUGCAUCAUAAUUUUAGCACGAAAACUAUGCGCUCAGAUGGUGGUUACAAAUUUAUCGAGCAAUGUGUCAAAAAGCUAGAAAAAUCUCACAUGAGGCAUAUGAAACAGUACAGUGUCGAUGAACAAGGAAAUCGUAUGCGACUGUCUGGUAAAUUUGAAACAGCACCAUUCGAACAAUUUUCAUGGGGCGUUGCCAAUAGGAAAUCAUCGAUUAGAAUUCAAAGAAGUGUUAAAGCUAAAGGGAAAGGCUUUUUUGAAGAUCGACGACCUGCUGGUGACUGUGACCCAUAUCUAGUUUGUGGGUUGUUGAUGGAAACGUGCUUGGGACCAGCCGGAGGUGGUGGUGGCAAAAAAUGCAAGUAAAGUAAAUUGGUAAAGAGACUGGUUCUUGUAAAUUGUUUAGCCCGAUAUUUUUUUGGUCUAGUUGUGAUUUAACCAUAAAACAUUACAAAAACA